GGGCCCCGGGGCUGGAUACAUUGUCGCGCCGAGCUUCCCCCGGGCCGGCCCCCAGCCGUCCCCGCGCGGCUUCCCGCAGCGCCAGGCCCCCCGGGGGGCAGGCGCGAGCCCGCACGUCCGGACCCAUUGACUGACGGACCGAUCGACCGAAGCCGCGGACGGGCCGAGCCUGGAGCCGGGGCUGAGCUGGUUUGGGGAAGCCGGCUCUGCCGCCGCUGGGGAGCAAACUUCCCAGCCGGGCCAGAGCUGGCUGGGGCCCCGUCCAGGGCCGGAGGAGGAGACGGCCCCGAGUCCUCCUCCUCCUGCUCCUGCUCCCCGGUCUCCCGGCACCAUGCUGUCUAACUCGCCGGGCCAGACCCCGCCCGUGCUGUUCCCCAACCCACCGCCGCCACCCCCGCCCCAACAAUCCCAGCCCCCCUCCCAGCCCCAGCCCCCGGUGCUGCCUCUGCCGCCGCCGCCGCCGCCGCCUCCUCCGCCGCCGCCGCAACAGCCGCAGCCGCCGCCCCCCCUUCAGCCCCCCCAGCAGUUCCCCCAGUUCUAUGUCAAGUCGAGCUUGCAGAUAAAAAAGAAUGCCAUCACGGAUAACUACAAGGUCACCAGCCAGGUCCUGGGGCUUGGCAUCAACGGGAAAGUUUUGCAGAUCUUCAACAAGAAGACCGGAGAGAAAUUCGCUCUCAAAAUGCUUCAGGAUUGCCCCAAGGCCCGAAGAGAGGUGGAUCUGCAUUGGAGAGCCUCUCAGUGCCCACACAUUGUCAAGAUUGUGGAUGUCUAUGAGAACUUAUAUGCUGGAAGGAAGUGUCUCCUGAUUAUCAUGGAAUGCAUGGAUGGUGGUGAGCUCUUCAGUCGCAUCCAAGACCGGGGAGACCAGGCUUUCACAGAGAGAGAGGCUUCGGACAUCAUGAAGAGCAUUGGUGAAGCAAUUCAGUACUUGCAUUCAAUCAACAUUGCACACAGGGAUGUCAAGCCUGAGAAUCUCUUAUACUCCUCCAAACGGCCCAAUGCUAUCCUGAAGCUCACUGAUUUUGGCUUUGCCAAGGAAACUACCAGCCAUAAUUCCCUCACUACCCCUUGCUACACACCAUAUUAUGUGGCUCCAGAGGUCCUGGGCCCUGAAAAAUAUGAUAAAUCCUGUGACAUGUGGUCUUUGGGUGUCAUCAUGUAUAUCCUACUGUGUGGUUAUCCUCCAUUCUAUUCCAAUCAUGGCCUUGCCAUCUCUCCUGGCAUGAAGACACGAAUCCGAAUGGGCCAGUAUGAGUUUCCCAAUCCAGAGUGGUCAGAGGUAUCAGAGGAAGUGAAAAUGCUUAUCCGGAAUCUGCUAAAGACAGAACCAACUCAAAGAAUGACCAUCACAGAAUUUAUGAAUCACCCUUGGAUUAUGCAAUCAAUGCAGGUCCCUCAGACUCCACUGCACACAAGCAGAGUCUUGAAGGAAGACAAGGAGAGAUGGGAGGAUGUGAAGGAAGAGAUGACCAGUGCCUUGGCCACCAUGCGUGUUGACUAUGAACAAAUCAAGAUUAAGAAGAUUGAGGAUGCUACCAACCCUCUGCUCCUAAAGAGGCGGAAGAAAGCCCGGGCUUUGGAGGCAGCUGCCCUUGCUCACUGAGCCACCCUCAAGCCCUCCUCCUACCCUGAUGGAGGGAAAGCAAUAACUCUUUAAGUAUAUUUUUAAAAGCAGAGACACAGAAUUGUCCUCCCCAGCUCCUACUUGCAUGGAGCCCAGAAACUUGUCAGCAGAUGAAUCCUGAUCCUUUAACUGCUACCUUCCCUGGAGCUCCUGGAUAUGCCCUGGGAGCACCUGACUCCUGGGAGGUUGGGAGGGUGAAGACAAGGGGGCAAGCUGCUCUCAAGAUCUUCCUCAUUGUGCAGUUUUUCUUGGCUAAUUUGGCCUUGAAUUUUUAUAAAAUUUCUAUUUUUUUUCUCCUCUUUCCCCACUUUUCCCUCCCAAGUCACAGGAUGAUUUUUUUUUUAAAGGUAUUUUGGGGGAGCUGCUUCAGGGAGGUGACUCAGUGUUUGUUAUCUUGUUCCCUCUGCUCUCCCUUGGCCCUAAUCUGAGGCUUCAGUAGACUUGGGGGCCACGUGGUUGGGAAACUGAGGCCUGUAGAGGACAAGGCCUUGAUAGUAUGGAUCCAGGGGGCUUAGCCUCAGGGCUGGGGGCCAGGAAGCUUCCCCUGCCUUAGCUCAGAGGCCUUGGACAGCUGGAGUAUGGCCAAGGCGUAGACAUGCAGGGCUAGAUGUGUGAGUGUGUGGAUAGGGGGCAUCAAUCAGCUGAUAUGCUGGUGGUGGGCCGGGGGUCCUGAUGUGGUCCAGGGGGCUUUCCUGUUUGAAUCUGACCCAGCGCAGUGUAAAGUCCACAUAUCUAUCUGCAUGGGAAGCUGGCUGAGACUGAAACUGGCUCAUGGUCUUUCUCUCUAGCAGGCAGGGCUCUGAGGGCAGGAGGAAGAGCUCCUCUGAUAUUGGCACUGAGAUUAAAGGGAUGGGAGCCUUCCUCUUCCUCCUCCUCCCCCCAAAUCUUAGCAUUUAGUGCAACAUUUCUGAGUCUUCCCUUCCUUCCUCCUCAGUGAAUGGAAAGGCAGGACUAUCUUGUGGAGGAGGGAGUGGCCCUAGGAUUCAGAAUGAUCCCUCUUUUCCCACUUUCCCUGAACACUAUGUGUUUGGGAAAAAACCCAACACAACUUCCCUCUCCUUUCCUACCCAGAGGUAUAUAUAGGGCCAGGGAGUGGGGAGCAUAGUGACCAGGGCCUUUUUUUUUUUUUUUUUUUUUUGCACAUCUUCCUCCAUCUCCUGCCCUCAUUUUCUAUCCCCCCCCCAACUCCUUUCUGGAGCCAGUCUGAGCCCACAUAUCUGCUACCUUAAGUUGGGAGCAGACAGAGAGCCCCACUCUGGAAGAUGAGUGGGAGAUAAGGUCCUUUGGGCCUUUGUAUUGAGGGCCAUCCAACUUAUCCCAUUUGCCUCUCUCCCUUAUUUUAAAACUAGUCUGGUUUUAUAUUUCCUUGAUUUUAGCUUUUUUUUUUUCUUUUUUGUUCUUCUUGGGCCAUCUUUUAGCCUCCCACUCUCAUCUAGGAAUGAGCCUGGGCUAUUUGUUGCCAUAACAUAAAGAUUUAUGUUUUGCUUUGCCCUCUCUCUGGCUGUGGAACCCCUUUGCCUUUUUCCCUUCCAGAGGCUUGCUUUCUCUGGGCUUUUCUUUCUGUUCUUCAUUUGAGAGACCUGGAGGACAGAGAAGAAGCCUUUUCACCAAAGAUGCCCCAUCUCUACCCCCUUUUUCACUGAUGGCUCUCAGCCUCUCCAUGACUUCUCCAGCUGGCCAAUGGGGAUAGAGAGAUACUUCCCCUUCUUCCCAGUAUUAAAUAGGAGUGGAGUUGGGGGAACUCCCCUGUGCUAGUGUCUUAGGCCUUCUAUUCCCACAGUUCAGUGGAGGGCCAGGGGGGAAGGAAUUGGGAAUAGCUCUUCAUCUUCAUCUCCCUCAGGGGCAUAUGGGGGGGGAGUAUUGGGGGAUUGGGUUGAAUGCCUUCCAUACCUCCCGACCUCCCCUCCCUCCACCCAGUGGUAUGUCUGGCCCUCAAAUUAUUGUUAACUUGUUGUUUUGUAUGAUCAAAACUGUCUUUACUAAACAGAUUUAAUAGUU